AUGGCCACCACAACCGCCCGCGCCCAGCGCCAGGGCAUGAAGAGGAACAUGACGGCCGAGUCCUCGCCGUCGACGGUUGCCAACUCGGUCUCCGGCUCGCCUAUCGACUCUCCAGCUCAGUCGGCCUCCAACACCUCGCUUUCCUCGCUGGACGAGUCACCAGAGCCGGUCAAGAACUCCCGCGGUGUUCUUCUCGAUACCUACGGCAACGAGUUCGAGAUCCCAGACUACACCAUCAAGCAGAUCCGCGAUGCCAUCCCCAAGCACUGCUUUGAGCGCUCUGGCCUCAAGGGACUGGGCUACGUCGCUCGUGAUAUUGCUUCGCUCGCUGCCACCUUCUACCUGUUCCACAACUACGUCACCCCCGAGACGGUCCCAUCCACUGCCGCUCGCGCUCUUCUGUGGGCCGGCUACACUGUCAUUCAGGGUCUGUUCGGCACUGGUCUCUGGGUCCUUGCCCACGAGUGCGGACACCAAGCCUUUUCGCCUUCCAAGACGCUCAAUGACACUGUCGGAUGGAUUUGCCACUCUGCUCUUCUUGUCCCCUACUUCUCAUGGAAGAUCUCGCACGGCAAGCACCACAAGGCCACUGGCCACAUGGAGCGUGACAUGGUCUUCGUGCCCAAGACCCGAGAGGUCUUCGCCACCCGUAUCGGCAAGUUGGCUCACCAGCUCGACGAGCUGACCGAGGAGACGCCAAUUGCCACGCUUCUUCACAGCCUGGGACAGCAGCUUGCUGGAUGGCCUCUGUAUCUGAUUGCCAAUGUUACCGGCCAUAAUUUCCACGAGCGCCAGGCCGAGGGCAAGGGCAAGGGAAAGAAGAACGGCUUUUUCGGUGGUGUCAACCACUUCAACCCCGCUAGCCCCCUCUAUGAGAGGAAGGAUGAGCAACUGAUCCUGCUCAGCGAUCUCGGCAUCGCCAUCACCUUUGGUGCCCUCGUCUGGAUUGGCAAGACUUUCGGCUUCGCGAACCUGUUUGUCUGGUAUCUCGCCCCGUAUCUGUGGGUUAACCACUGGCUCGUCGCCAUCACCUUCCUACAACAUACCGAUCCUACCCUACCCCAUUACGAUGCCAAUACCUGGACCUAUACUCGCGGAGCUGCUGCGACGAUUGAUCGCGAAUUUGGCUUCAUCGGACGUACCCUUCUCCACGGCAUUGUCGAGACGCACGUUCUCCACCAUUACAUCUCCACGAUCCCCUUCUACAACGCCGAUGAGGCUUCAGAGGCCAUCAAGCCCGUCAUGGGUAAGCACUAUCGCGCGGACACCAGGGGUGGCUCUAUUGGCUUCCUGAAGUCUCUCUGGAAUAAUGCCAGAUGGUGCCAAUGGGUCGAGCCGAGCGAGGGUGCUGAGGGUGAGGGCAAGGGAGUCCUCUUCUUCCGCAACCACAACGGUCUUGGUACCGCGCCCAAGAAGAUGGAGGCCCCAGUUGCGAAGGCGACUGCUGGCAAGGGCGCGAAGAUGGAGGUUGGACCGGAGAGCGACAUUGAGUAA